CGUAUUUUUCUCUUCCAGACACCGAGCAAACCCUCUCAACCCUCUCACUCGUUAACAGUCGAGAGCAGAAACUUCGCGAUUCUCCCACUCUCAGCAGUUACAAGCCAAACCCACGAACCUUCGAUCUCUGAACCCAUCAAAAAAAACCCUGAGUUAAAUCCUAACCCUAAUUUCCCACUCAACGAAGGGAAGACGAAGGAGGAGUAGAGGCCAUGGACGAUCCAAGGGAGCUCCAGUGUAUCGGAAAACUGGAGAUCGCGAAACCGAAACCCUUCGGUUUCUUGUGCGGAACUCUCCCAGUUCUCACUGAUUCCACCUUUUCUCUGUUUCAAUCGGCCCUCCGCCUCUCUCCUCACACGAUCGGAGCCCCACAGUAUCAAAUGCUUCCGACCGAGACUGAUCUCAAUACUCUUCCUCUGUUGUCGAAUGGUUCGGAGAAAGUGUUUCCUGCUGCUGCGAAGACCAAUGAAGAGUUACAUUGGGAAAGUGGUCCAGUCAGUCAAAACUUAUCACGAAAAUGUGAGGCACUUGCUGUAUCCGGUUUAACAGAAUAUGGGGAUGAAAUAGAUGUUGUUGCCCCUACUGACAUUUUGAAGCAGAUAUUCAAAAUUCCUUACUCAAAGGCUCAGGUGUCUAUUGCGGUUCAGCGAUUGGGAAAUAUGAUCCUGAAUACAGGACCUGACGUCGAAGAAGGAGAAAAGAUAUUUAGGAGACAGAGUAACCAAUCUAAAGGUUCAGAUCCUUCGAUUUUCUUGAACUUCGCGAUGCAUUCAGUAAGAGCGGAGGCUUGUGAUUGCCCACCAACUCACCAGCCACCACCAGAGAAGACAAGUUCAACUAUCUUACCAGGCUGCUUCAUAAAUCGAGAGGAUUCUUUUGUAUCCUCCACAGGCUCAGAUUCUACCGAGUCUAAAUUUCUGGAUAAAAAUAUCAGUGGGAGCCGAAAAUCUGGACAAGCAAGUCAUGACAAUUAUUACUGGGGUACUAAACAGAACAAGCAUAAGUGUAAAAGGCCAAGUUCUGUCAAAAGAACUUCUCAAGUUGGUGAAAAACCCAGAGGCCCAGUGCAAGAUUCUGAUAAGUUUAGGAGAGCUGGUAAUGAUAGUUUCCUGAGGGUAAUGUUCUGGCAGUUCCACAAUUUUCGAAUGCUUCUAGGCAGUGAUAUGCUUAUAUUUAGCAAUGAGAAAUAUGUAGCCGUAAGCCUACACCUAUGGGAUGUUGCUAGGCAGGUCACUCCACUGACCUGGCUUGAAGCCUGGCUUGAUAAUGUGAUGGCGAGUGUGCCGGAAUUGGCUAUCUGCUAUCAUGAUAAUGGUGUCGUUCAAGGCUAUGAGCUUCUAAAAACAGAUGACAUAUUCCUACUGAAGGGUAUAUCAGAUGAUGGUACUCCCGGAUUUCAUCCGCAAGUGGUCCAGCAAAAUGGGUUAUCAGUAUUGAAGUUUCUCCAGGAUAACUGUAAACAAGAUCCUGGUGCCUAUUGGCUCUAUAAAAGUGCAGGAGAGGAUGUGAUACAAUUAUUUGAUCUCUCUGUCAUGCCAAAGAACCAUACCGAUGAUGAUAACGAUACAAGUCUUAGCUCUUUGCCGUCCCUAAUCGAUAAAGGAAGAAAGGAGUCUUUGUUUUCUCUUGGGACACUUCUUUACCGUGUUGCUCAUAGGCUUUCACUUUCCAAGGUAUCUGAUAAUAGCACAAAAUGUGCUAAUUUUUUCAGAAAAUGUUUGGAUUUCCUUCACGAGCAGGAUCACUUAGUGGUUCGUGCAUAUGCUCAUGAACAAUUUGCCAGACUUAUAUUGAAAUGCUAUGAAGAACUUGAAUUAACAUCUGAAUCUUUUCUUCUGGAAUCAGAGGUGACUGUUACUGAUUUGGAAGAUGGAUCUUCAGAGUUUUCUCUUGAGAUGUUUGGAUCAACAGUUCAAGAUAUUGUACCAUCUCAAGCUGUUGAGGAUACACCUUCAAUUAAGGACAGGUCAAUUCUUCAGAGUUCAGGACCAAACUCUUCAGCAUCAACAAUGGAAACUGACCAACAAACCGAUGCCGUAUUUUCAGCAACUGAAGUGGCAGGCCUUAUGGAUGACCCAGCCAGUUCUGUAAAACAUGACAGCUUGGAUAUGUACAAAAUUUCCUCAGCUUCACCUAAUUUGACGAGAGCAGUUGCUGAUCCAAUUUCCUCUAAGUUUGCUGCAAUACACCAUGUGUCACAAGCUAUUAAGUCUCUUAGAUGGAAACGCCAACUCCAAAACACUCAAGGAGAUCUGGUUGACCGUGGCAAUAAAAGUCGUGACAGAUCUAAUUUAUCUGUUUGUGGAUGCGGUGAUGCUAACUGUAUUGAAGUUUGUGAUAUUCGAGAAUGGCUUCCCAAAUCAAAAAUGGAUCAGAAGAUGUGGAAUCUCGUCCUUUUGCUAGGUGAAUCAUACUUGGCUCUCGGUGAAGCUUACAAAGACGAUGGACAACUGCAUCAAGCUCUAAAGGUUGUCAAAUUAGCAUGUUUAGUUUAUGGUUCAAUGCCCCAGCAUCUUGAAGACACACAGUUUAUCUCAUCAAUGGUCAACACCUCGUCAAAUCUGCUAAAGGCCAAAAACCAGAAGGAGAAAACAGAUUGGGUAAUAGAUUUUGCAGAACCCUUGGAAGCUUAUUCUACCGAUCAGUUCUCUACUACCUACUUAUUCUGGGCUAAGGCAUGGUCACUUGUUGGAGAUGUAUAUGUCGAGUGCCAUCUGUCUAGAAAUAAGGGAAACCAAUUACAAGAUCAAAGAAAAACAUCAGGCAGUGAGCUGCGCAUGUCAAAUGAAGUGGUGAGAGAGGUCGCACGUCUUAGAAAGAAGUUGGGGCAAUACGAACAAAAUUGUAGCUCUUGCUCUCUGAUAAACUGUAGCUGUCAGAGUGAUAGGGCAAGUAGUGGUAACAGUGCAAGCAGUAGCAGUAGAGACUCACCUUCUUAUAGUAGGAAACAGAACAGAAAAUCAAGUAAAAGGAAUUCGUUGCAUUCUCCUGUUGGAAAAACAUGUGACGGUAAUAGUUCACACAAAAUAGUACGUGAGGAUAGGCAAAAUAUUGAAAAUUUACAGGACAUGCGUGAUGGUGAUACAUAUGCUACUCCAGUAAAAGAAUGUGAGCUUCGAGAAAGUUCUGCAACUGCUGAUGCUGUAGGCCAUCAAGAUUUUAAGAGAACUCAAACAUCGGCUUUGAUUGAUGAAUCUAACUCUGAAUCAGGUAGUAAAGUUGCAUCAGGGUUAAAAUGUGGAGGUAUUUUUACAUUCCUUGAAAGUCCUAAAUUAGUCGGGGUGGAGAAUAAUCUUUCGGCUGCGACAGUGUGUUAUAGCGAAGCUAGGAAAGCAAUUAGUGAGUUCCCUACUGGAGCUGCCGAAUUGCAUUCUAUUUUGAAAAAAAUGGGAUGGGUGUGCAAUGAGCUAGGCCGCCAUAGGCUGGAGAAUAGAGACUUGGGUGGUGCUGAAAUUGCCUUCGCAGAUGCUAUAAAGGCAUUUAAAGAAGUUUCCGAUCAUACAAAUAUAAUACUGAUUAACUGUAAUCUAGGUCAUGGCAGAAGAGCAUUAGCUGAAGAACUGGUAAGUAAGAUAGAUGAGCUUAAAAGGCAUGAUGUCCUUCCAGCUGCAUAUAAGCAAGAUAUGAAGACUGCAAAAUUGGAAUACUUUGAAUCUCUACGGUAUUAUGAGGCUGCAAAAAUAGAACUAUCUUCUGCUAAUGACGUUCCUGAUUAUUUGUCACUGCACAAUGAAGUACACACACAGUUCGCUAACACAUACCUUAGGCUUGGAAUGCUUCUCGCAAGAGAAGCAAGUUCAGAUGAUAGUAUUGAUCUUGGGCAUUCUGAUGAAUUAUAUAAAAGAGGCAAAAAUAUGGAAAGACGAAAGAAAGUGAUGUCAGCCAGUGAUGCUUUUAGGGAGGCUUUGGCGACAUAUGAAUCUUUGGGUAACCUGCGUAAACAAGAGGUGGCCUUUGCUCAUUACCAUCUUGCUUGCUACCAUAGAGACGCCUGUUUGAAGUUUUUGGAUUUGGAUCGAAAACAAGUGACACUUUCUAAUUAUGAAACUGAACGUCAAAAGGCUAAGUGGUAUGCUUCUUUAGCAGACAAGCAUUGGCAGAGGUCCAUAGAUUUCUAUGGUCCAAAGACGCAUCAUGUUAUGUAUCUUACUAUUCUCAUGGAGCAGUCAUCUCUUUCAUGGAAUCUGUCGAGGUCACUGCAUUCAAACAUGAUGCUGGAAGCGGCUCUGCUGCAUCUUCUGGAAGGUCGUCAUGCAGUUGAAGAGAACAAAGGUUGCGAGCUGAAUGAGGAUAUCAAAGUGAAAUUUUUAAACCAGUUGCAGGCUCUGCUAAAGAGCAUGCUAUCUGCCUCACUAUCUGGAGGUUCAAAAGGUGGAGGUAUUGGUUCGACUUCAGCUUGGUGUAGAACCGCAGAUUCUGGGAAAUUGAAGGAGAUGUACAGAAUGUCCCUAAGAUCAACUACUUUAGAUCAGUUGCAUGCAAUGUAUAAAUUAUGGGUUUCCUAGAUAUAUAUAAGUGGAGUCAAGUGUUGAAUAGAGAGGGAAGGAUAUGUUUAUAUAGCUAUCAACAGGUUUCCAUGUUAUAUUUAGUUUGAUGUGUAGCAUUGUUGUAAUCUGGGAUGGGUAUUGUUGUCAAGCUUGUUCUUUCUUGCGAUGCUCUCGAGAACGUGACUGUAACUUCUUCCAUCAAUCUCUGCCGCGAACUAGCCAUGGAAACGAAUCGAAAGAAUCAAA